AUCUCAGUACCAUUAAAUACUGGAGUUGUAGGUGGACGUAUCAGCCGUGUCCAAAUCCGCCUUCCUGUCGAUAUUCCAUUUGAAGACUUUUUUUCGCGUAUUUGUGCCAAAAUGGACCUGGACCCAGCAAACGCUGAACUUGGCUACAAGUUUCAUAACGAUCGAGUCCGAGAUGACCCUCAUCAGCUCUCCAAUGACCAACAGCUUUGGGAGGCAUUUGAGCAGGGCUGUGACCUCAUCAAACAAGCUCGAAGUCGGCGAGUAGUUCUUGAAAUACACAACCUGAAGCCAACUCGUCAGGCAGCAUCUGCCACCCAUGCUCGUCGUGAUGAAGCUGUCAAUGACAGUCAAGACCCUCCAACCUCCAUGAGCUUUGCCUCCGAGCUGCGAGAGCUCAAGAAUAAGCUAGAUUGUGAGAAGCACGGAAAAUUCUGCUAUAUCAAUCCUAUUAGUGAUGACCACGAAGCUCAAGACAUCUAUAACCUCACCCUCUGGGCGAAAAAGAUACUCUUGGCAGAGGCUACCUAUGAGAAGCCUCCGGAGAUGGCUGCCUUUGACCAUGUUCCAAAGAAACGACGACUAUCUUCGGCAAACACCUCAUCUGCCAGUGCAGCUCCCACCCUUCCAGUCAUUCACGUCCAUAUUCCUCCUAUCACUAAGGAGGCUCUUGGUGAUACUGGUGGCCACCGUCGAGCCAAUACUUCCCGA